GGAAGUCGCGGAAGUCUCCGAGCGGACUUGCUUGGCUGUACCUCGCAUUGCUGACCAUUCGGGACGUACAAUCGAUAUAUACCCUAGCAUACGCAAAGAUGAGCCAGAUCGCGAGCAGCAUGGCUCUGCAAAGGCAGCUCGCCAGAUCCGGCACCCAACUCGCAAAGGCCCCGGUGUCGCGCGUCCAGUCGCGCAACCUUCAGGACAUUGCCAUCACCAGAACCGGCAAGCCCAUCAUCAGAAUCUCCGGUGGAAGAUCCUCUCUUGGAGGUCAUACCGCUACCGUCUUCGGAGCCACUGGUUUCCUCGGUCGCUACAUUGUCAACAGACUCGCUCGUGCCGGAUGCACCGUUGUCGUCCCCUUCCGUGAGGAGAUGGCCAAGCGCCAUCUCAAGGUCUCCGGCGACCUGGGUCGUGUUGUCUUCCUUGAAGGCGAUCUCCGUAACACUGCCUCGAUCGAGGAGGCAGUCCGCCACUCCGACAUUGUCUACAACUUGAUCGGUCGCGACUAUCCCACCAAGAACUUCGACCUCGAGGAUGUCCACGUCGAGGGUGCCACCCGUAUCGCCGAUGCCGUCGCCAAGUACGAUGUUGACCGUUUUGUUCACGUCUCCUCGCACUCCGUCUCCAAAGACUCGCCCUCGGAGUUCUACCGCACAAAGGCUCGUGGUGAGGAGGCUGUCCGCAACAUCUUCCCAGAGACAACCAUCGUCCGUCCUGCUCCUCUGUUCGGCUUCGAGGACCGUCUGCUUCAUCGCCUCGCAAAGUCUUCAAACCUUCUCACAUCAAACAACCUUGAGGAACGCUUCUGGCCUGUCCAUGCUAUCGACGUCGGUGAGGCCCUCGAGAAGAUGUGCCACGAUGACUCCACCGCUGGCGAGACCUACGAGCUUUACGGACCCAAGCAAUACCAGAUGGCCGAGAUCAAGGAGCUCGUCGAGCGUGAGAUUCUCAAGAGCAGACGUCACAUCAACAUCCCUCGCCAAAUCAUGACUCCUAUUGCACAGUUGAUGAACAAGCUCGUCUGGUUCUCUACCAUGAGCAAGGACUCGGUCGCCCGUGAAUUUAUCGACCAGACCAUCGACCCUAACGCAAAGACUUUCAAGGAUUUGGGUAUCGAGCCCACUGACCUUGCCAACUUCACAUACCACUACCUCCAAGCAUACCGUAGCUCAUCCUACUACGACUUGCCUCCCAUGACCGAGCGUGAGAAGAGAGAGGAGAAGAAGUACCUCCACGUUCUCGACGACCAGUAAAUAUUUCGCCCAGCGAUUGUUGCAUUUUCCUUUUCUUUGUUCUAUUGUAGAAAACAAUAUAUUUUCUUUUUUCUGAGAGGUCAACACAUCAUGUCCCACCACCAGCAUUAUUCUUCCUCUGUCAAAUGACCAUCAUUUGUACUUGCUAUGUGUCGUGAAGCACCAGGAGCGUAAGAAGAUUAGGAUGAUGUAAGGUCACAUGGCUGCAUGAGAAUCCAAGUAGAAAGAUUGAAGGCUUAGCACACAUCAAGGACAUCUAGUCACUGUAGCACAGGAGAAGAAAACAUAGAUCGAAGAAGAAGGCUUCAAAUUUCCCAAA